CAUUAAUUGAAAGAUCUUGUCAACAUGAUUGCUGGCAUCGAGACAACCCAAAUCAACAAGCAUGGUAGUACUAGGGACGAAAUACGCCGUGAUGCGAAAAGCUUGUUGAACAGGCUCAAGUCUAUCCAAGCAGAUGCAGCCUUUGUCAGUGAAAUCGCUGAUCUACUCCCUCAAUUUCCUCUGCUUGCUAACGAAAGAUGCGGGACUUGGUAUGCGCGUCCGUCUAGAAUCCUAAAACCUGGCGUAUACUUCAAAUCAACAGAUGGACAUGCAGGCGUUUGGGACUUUAAUCUUAGGCGAUAUAAUCCACAUUUGAUUACAACCAUUAUCGAUAAUGGCGGAUGUAUCAUAGUGGAUUCGACAAGAAAAGGAAAGCGAAUUCCUGAUGCUCUUUCAAAGACAAUUCCUAUUUGGUGCGCUACACUCAAUACUGCGAUCCGCAAAUGUGCACUUCAAAACCAGGUUAAGCGGCAGCAGCAACAGGCGCAAGUCAAGCCCCAGGAGCACACACAUGAACAAGACAGCGGUUUAGCACAGCAUAGUACUGGUUCUCAACAAAGCGACUCCGAGAUAUCGUUACACAUCCCUUCCUUAGAUCCAGAACGAUGGGAUACGCGUUAUCACUCGCUACCUAGCAUUACCUCUAGAUCUGAACAUGCACAAAUUGCGGAGAAAAUUGAUCAAUUUGCGGAAAAGCUGAUGCGAUUUACGGACUUGACACCAUUGACGAUGCGUUUGAAGAAGCCAAUUCGCCCGAUCUGGCUUACUCCACAGAGUUUUCUAUUCAAAGAUGACAUGCCUGAUUAUAGCGAUGUGGCGUUUUUUCCUGUGAUCUGUUUAAGCGCGUCUCGGGUAGUGAAGGACGGUAUGGAGGAAUGUGAUGGGUAUUUGUAUGUUCAAGGAUCAGGCGAUGAUGAAGAUAUGUGGUCGAAUGGACUGACACCUUCUCUAUUUUGGGAGAAUGAGGAGUAUCUGCUUGAGAAUGGAAUCUCACCAGAAGAGUGCGAGAGGCGCGCGCAAGAGAUUGUUCGAAAGGCUAAAAAGGGACAGUUGGAGGCAGCACAGUACCAUCAAAACUCUAGAAAUACUAUCAAAACAUCCUCGGGACAUGACAAGGAUCGAAGUAAGAAAUACGGUGACAGCCAAAUUCCAAUGGUGUUUACGCCCUCAAUGGAGCUAUGCUCUGAAAUCAAGCCCAGUCCUAUAUGGAUCGGAAACAAUGCAAGUGCAAGGAUACCGAACUGCUGGAAUAAUGGGUUUGACAUGGUCAUCAAUUGCGCCGCGGAAAUACAGCGUAAUGACCUUUUCGAGAUAGCGGGAAAUGCCGACUUGGUGACAUGUCUCGGAGGUAAUGGCGUAGGAGGAGUGCAGGCGUCACUCUGCACCAUACAAAAGCAUCAAUGGGAAGCAAGUGCUGCGGUUUCAUCAAUGGCUACCCCCUCGGUCGUAGAAAUACCUAAACAUGACCCUCAAGGCAAGAAUUUUUAUUAUUUGCACUUGCCAAUAGCUGAGGGGAAGAAAGGUCAAUACCAACUAUUGGAAAUGAUACCCAUAGCUGUCAGCGUUGUCCAGUCAAUAUAUACUGGUGAGACCUCAGUAGCCUCGACCCUGGGCAACGAUAUGCCGAGUCCAAAGAUCCUGGUUCAUUGUCAACAAGGGAUGGAUCGCUCUGUAGGUAUAGCUCUGGCGUUAUUGGUGUCGUGCUUUGAUGAAGAGACAGGCGAGUAUUGUGGCACAAUGCCAAAUGUGCGACAGGUGUCAAAAGAGAUCAUUCAGAGACGACUUUUUCAGAUCAUGUCGCAUCGACUAGCUGCGCGGCCAUCCAGAGCAACACUAAAGAUCAUUAAUACGCACUUUAUGAGCCCUACCGAACCUCCUCCAGCUAAGCAUAAACAUGCAUCUGCAUUGGAGUAA